AUGACGACGCCAGAGUUGUUCCAGGAGUCCCUGCUGCAGAUCCUGACGCAGCAGCAGCAGCAGCUGAUCGCUCAUCUAUCUCAGGAGAUGUCAGCAACCCAAAAAUGCCUAAAGGAGUUCUCCCGCGAUGACGUAGCACUGGAUGCACUAGCCGGCAACAUCACCGAAUUUCGAUACGCUCCGGACGAAGGGUGCACUUUUGAUUCAUGGUAUUCACGUUACGAGGAGCUAUUCGAUAAAAACGCCAGUAAGCUAGACGAUUCCGCCAAAGUUCGACUCCUUAUGAGGAAACUCGACCCAGCGGCGCACGAGCGGUACACAAGUUUCAUACUCCCAAAACUGUCCAAGGAGUUUGGCUUCACCGAAACUACCGCGAAGCUAAAAGCGCUUUUCGGAUCUACCGUCUCGAUCUUUCAUCAGCGGUAUCAGUGCUUGCAGACCGUCAAAGAUGAAACAGAGGACAUCGUGUCAUACUCCUGCAAGGUAAACCGUGCUUGUGUGGAUUUUAAACUUGCCGACCUAUCCGAGGAGCAAUUUAAGUGCCUAGUUUUUGUUUGUGGCCUCAAGUCCUCGAAGGACUCCGAUAUUCGGAUGCGGCUGAUCACGAAGCUGAACGAAUCGUCAGAGAUAACGUUGGCGAAGAUCGUGGAGGACUGCAGAGCCCUGACGAACCUCAAAAACGAUACCGUGCUGGUAGAAAAACCUUCAGCAACAGUGCGAGCUGUGAAGCACAACACCAACAAACCUGUCAAGCCGUCACGUCAUUCAUCGGCUGCUGCGGGUAAUGGAACCAGGGCAGAUCAGCCACGUUCUCCGUGCUGGUCGUGUGGAGGAAUGCACUAUUCGAAGGACUGCCAGUUUCGGGGUCAUCAAUGCCGAGAGUGCGAAAAGAAGGGGCAUAAAGAGGGCUACUGUGCCUGCUUCGCUGCAAAAUCAUCAUCUGGCGAUGCGAAAAAGAAUGCACGGAGCCAGAAGUCAACCAAGGUGGUCUCCGUAAACACAGUUAGCCGGGGGAGGAAAUUUGCGGAGUUGCGGAUAAACCAUGUUCCGGUCCGACUACAAGUUGAUUCGGCGUCGGACAUCAGCAUUAUCACCGCCGAAAUGUGGAAGAAGAUUGGAGAACCAGAAACAUCUCCGCCUUCUUGCCAAGCGGUGACAGCAUCCGGAGAACCGCUAAACAUCGCAUCCGAGUUCUGGUGUGACGUAUCAAUCAACGGUGUCUCCAAACGAGGUUUGUGUCGUGUCAUGGUUCCGGAAAUUUCUCUAUCAGUUCUAGGUGCCGACUGGAUGGACAACUUCGGCCUAUGGGACGUUCCAAUCAACUCGUUCUGCAACCAAAUCAGUAGCCAGUUCCAACCAGGCGUAGGGGCAAUUCAAUCAAAGUUCCCUGACGUCUUCACCAGCAGUAUGGGACUGUGCUGCAAAACCAAGGUCAAUCUACCACUACGAGGAAAUCCUAGGCCGAUAUUCCGGCCGAAACGUCCCGUGUCCUACAGCAUGGAGGGAGCCGUCGAAGAGGAAAUCCAACGACUACAUCAACUUGGCGUGCUAAAACCGGUUGAUUACUCCGAAUGGGCGGCGCCAAUAGUGGUCGUUCGGAAGCCAAACGGACGGAUUCGCAUCUGUGCGGAUUUCUCUACUGGUUUGAACGACGUCCUCGAGCCGAACCAAUAUCCGCUACCGCUGCCUGAGGAUAUUUUUGCGAAGAUGUCGGGGUGUCGGUAUUUCAGCCAUAUCGACCUCUCCGAUGCCUACCUAUAG